AUGGAAAUUGAAUUAUGUAAAUUAGAUAAAAAUUUGAUGAAUGAUAAAAAAUUAGUAUUAAGUAAAGUACGAAAAUUAAUAUUAAAUUAUAAGGAUGAAAGGAAUUAUUAUCAUAUCAAACGUUUAUUAUUAUUAACACCAAAUAUUGAAAUAUUAAUUGCUGAUUAUAAUAACAUCGUUUCUCACAGACGUAGAUUAAGAUAUGAUGAUGAUUUAUUAUCAAUUCGUAGACAAAUAAAACUUUUAAUAAUUACUGAUUGUUCUAAUGAACUCGAUUUAGACGAAGAAGACUACAUUAAAAAUAAAGUCUUUACAAAUUUGACAAAACUUCUUCAUAUUGGUCUUGUACAAAAUGAUCGAAAUAAUGAACAAGCUCGAGUAGCUAUUCGAGAUGCUGAAUAUGAAAUUGUAUUAGGUCUUAUGCCGAAAUCCAUUAAACCAUUGAUUAUUGUUUUUACUGGUUCAGGAAAUAUUUCUCAAGCAAAAAAGAAAUUUUCAAUUAUAGAUUAA